AUGGAGACUACUACCAGGAUGGGAAUUCUCAAGUCUCCUCUACUCGUAGCUCACAAAAGGACAUGUCUCGACCUCCGGGGUUUGAUAGGAGAUACUCUCCCACCCAUUCAAGACCCCAUUCGUCAGCUCAUCGAGGAGUUUCCUCUAGCCAUAACAAUUUGGGAAAAUCUCCAGCCCCCUCUUCUUACACAAGAGAAGUAUGGAUUAAACGAGCUGCCCAUGGCGAGGCGCAAAAAGACUUUCAACAGGGAGAGAAUCAGGAAAGGUCGCAUAAGACUAUCAGCUCCCGCACUCCUCCACCAAGGCCCGCGAGGGAGCCACACAAUACCCCAAGUAGGAGAGAUACGCCUGGACACUCUAACACAUCUAGGUCUCGCCGGCCAGUCCUAG